AUGUCGCUACAGAAGUCCAGAAUCCAGGAAAGUAGAAUGGCCAAUUUUGCCUACGAGACAGUCUCUAUGCCACCAUCACGCGUACCUUCAAGAGAGAGUGAGGCGCCUGGAACCCCACGUGGCUCGAUUCGACAGGGCCACGGCUCGCUGUCCUCAGCAGUUCAUUCGCCUCCAUUGACACCACAUGGCUCAAAAGAUGGGAAAGCAGAUGCGGCAGCUGCUGGGCGCAGUCAGCAAACACAAAGUGCCAUAACACCACAAACUUCCCCUCCCCCUGAUUCCCAUGGUCGAGCCUUAUCACAGUCCAUCUCUCCAGGUCAGGCCAUCUCGAGGCCCUCAUCUUCGGAGCAAGGCAACAUACGUUCAGAUCAAAGAGACCCCAAAAAGGCCGCCCGUUUUGAGAUCGGUCCCUCUGAAUCUGCGAGCCCUGUAGAUCAAAGCCCUGUGGGCACUCCAAAGCUAAGCCCGGCAUCCCCACAGCCUGCAAAAGCAUCAUUAACAGAAGCAAAGAUCGAACAGAGAGAACAAAGACAUUUUGGAAGCACCGGGAGAAAUUCACUCGCUCCAGCGAUUGCAGCAGCUGCAGAGAGACUUCCCAGACCCGGGAGCAGCGGAGAUCUAUCAGGUUCAGAAAAACGCAGUUCCAUUUUUGGAGGGAAGAAGGAUCCAUAUUCUCAUGUCACAGAGAGUGGAAGUGAUAGAUCUGGGUUUGGGGAAAAGAAGCAUGGAUCCAUGUCUGAACUGAAACGGUUCUUUAGGUUGGGUGGCCAUGGUCACAAAGACAAACACCACAAACACGAGAAACAUCAAGAGUCACCAGCGGCAUCGGUGCCUGCGUCACGCAAGAGCAGUUACAAAUCUGGCACGAGAACGCCACCUCAUCAGACACCGCCUUCCAGCAACGUUCCCUUCAUGGACGAACACAGUCUUGAGGCAAAGUACGGAAAGUUCGGCAAAGUCUUGGGAUCUGGGGCUGGUGGCUCCGUUAGGCUGCUCAAACGAAGCAGUGAUGGUGUCACUUUUGCCGUCAAGCAAUUCCGAGACAAGCAUUCUUGGGAGAGUGAAAGGGACUAUUCCAAGAAAGUCACAGCCGAAUUUUGUAUUGGCUCCACGCUUCAUCAUGGAAAUAUUAUCGAAACGAUGGAUAUCAUUCAAGAGAAUAAUCGCUGGUACGAGGUUAUGGAAUAUGCGCCAUAUGAUUUAUUUGCGACAGUGAUGACCGGUAAAAUGACCCGGGAGGAGAUUGCUUGUGCUUUCCUACAGAUCGUCAAUGGCGUCAGCUAUCUGCAUUCUAUGGGACUUGCGCAUCGGGAUCUCAAGUUGGAUAAUGUUGUGGUCAGUGAACACGGCAUCAUGAAAGUUAUUGACUUCGGAAGUGCCACAGUAUUCCGAUAUCCAUUCGAGAAUGACAUUGUUCUUGCCUCAGGAAUCGUUGGCUCGGAUCCAUAUCUUGCCCCUGAAGUCUACGAUGAGCGAAAGUAUGACCCAACAGCCACUGACAUCUGGUCAUUGGCCAUUAUUUUCUGCUGUAUGUCACUACGCCGAUUUCCCUGGAAGCAACCUCGGGUGAUCGAUAAUUCUUAUAAACUAUUCGUCUCUCCACCAACGCCUGGCACGCCUGUCCCUGAUUCACAUCCACGAAAAGGAUCACAUCUCAGUCCUACGGAGGAUGGUAGCCGAAGACUAUCCGAAGCAAACGGUAGCAGUUCCUCCCAUCACCAUCACCACUCGGACAGCGUCGAUGGCGAGUCGAGACCUGCCACUUCUAGUGGAGACAAGCAAGAGGUGAUCAAAGGGCCCUGGCGAUUACUCCGAAUUUUGCCCAGAGAGAGUCGACAUAUUAUAGGCCGCAUGCUCAAAGUCGACCCUUCAGAGCGUGCUUCGAUGGAUGAAGUGCUCGAGGAUGAGUGGGUGCUCGGAUCAAAAGUAUGCUACCAGGAAGAAAAUGGAACAGUGCACCGAGCAGAAGGGCAUACGCAUGUUUUAGAGCCGGGUUCCGGAGGACCUCCUCCAGCGAAAGUCUAA